UUAUAUCCAGGUCGUGCUGCUUCGACUUCCACAUCGCUUCCGAAUAUUCUACUGCAGUACUUUGUUUUGGAAGACUAAUAACUCAAGAUUUAAAACAUGUCUGGAAGAGGCAAAACAGGAGCAAAGGUCCGCGCCAAGGCAAAGACCCGCAGUUCCCGUGCCGGUCUUCAGUUCCCCGUGGGCCGCGUCCACCGUCUCCUCCGCAAGGGCAACUAUGCGGAGAGAGUCGGCGCCGGAGCUCCGGUGUACCUGGCCGCCGUGCUCGAGUACCUCACCGCCGAGAUCCUGGAGCUGGCCGGAAACGCCGCCAGAGACAACAAGAAGACCCGCAUCAUCCCGCGUCACCUGCAGCUGGCUGUGCGGAACGACGAGGAGCUGAACAAGCUGCUCGGCGGGGUGACCAUCGCACAGGGCGGCGUCCUGCCCAACAUCCAGGCCGUCCUGCUGCCCAAGAAAACCGGCCAGUCUGCGCCCAGCUCCGGCAAGGCGGGAAAGAAGGCCUCCUCUCAGUCUCAGGAGUAUUAGCUCUAUGGCUGAUAACUUUUACCCCAAAGGCCCUUUUAAGGGCCACCCCACUUCUCAUUGAAAGAGCGACUCCUUGUUCAUGCAGCUUUUGUUUUGAUUUACGCAGCAUAUAACUUAAUAAACCCGCCUGUUUUUUAUAAA